AAUAUACCAUCAGACUGUGCCGUGGAAACCUCAGGAGCUUCACUCCGGGCGAUCUCUCCAUGGAAUUCUGCUCAGGAGAGGGAAAAAAUGCAUCUCCGAUUCAAACUAUGACUCGUUCUCCGACACCAAACGGGAAAUCCCACAUUGGAUUGUAAUGGGGAGUGUGAAUUGCUCUGAAGUACAUCUGGGAGGGGUCAGGAGGUUAUUGAUAUUGUUAGACUGCUGGGAUCAGUGGAAACGCAUAAAUAGCUGCAAGAACCUCAGCUAUCUCGCAGUCUUUCUCUGAAUGCCCAGGGACAGGUGACCUCCACUCCAGUCUUCUGCAGAAAACCCAUCCGUCUCUGCAAACCCGAAAAAACAGCAUGGAAAAGAUCAGAUUUGCAAACUGCUGGCUAAAGUGUCUUACCCUGACGCUAGCUAUGCUGUGUGGAGUCCCUGCAAUGCCGGUAGAUGUGGAACGGGUGUGCAUGGCGCCGACCACAGCCAAGUACAGACUGACGUUUACCGGCAAAUGGAGUCAGACUGCCUUUCCCAAGCAUUACCCUCUGUACAGGCCACCUGCUCAGUGGUCCCCCAUUUUUGGAGUAACGCACAGCUCAGAUUAUCACAUCUGGCAGAGUAGCGAAUACGCCAGUAAUGGGGUGAGAGAGUUCUCAGAAAGAGGAGAGGCUUGGACCCUUAUAAAGGAGGUGGAGGCAGCCGGGGAGAGGAUCCAGAGCGUCUAUGGCCUGUUCUCAACACCGCCUGUUAUUGGAGGCACCAGCCAAGCAUCCACAGAAUUUGAGGUUUAUGCAAGACACUCUUUGCUGUCAUUCAUUGUGCGCAUUGUGCCAAGUCCCGACUGGUUUGUUGGAGUAGACAGUCUGAACUUGUGCGAGGGUGAUCACUGGAAAGAAAACAUAAGCUUAGAUCUCUAUCCCUAUGAUGCCGGCACAGACAGCGGUUUCACCUUCUCCUCACCCAAUUUUGAGACCCUUCCUCAGGACAAAGUCACACAGAUAACAUCAUCUUUCCCACGCCACCCUGCAAACUCCUUCUUCUAUCCCAGACUGAAGCAUCUGCCCCCAAUAGCCAAAGUCGUCCUAACCAAGAUCAGGAACAACCAGAUCUUCAGUUUACCCAUUCACCCAACCCAAUCCAAUCAGAUUCCAAAUGGGAAUGAAAUAGACGACUCUCUCAUAAAUACCCCUCUGGACUGUGAGGUGUCUGUCUGGUCACCUUGGGGUCUUUGUAAGGGUCAGUGUGGUGAGAAGGGUGUGAAACACAGAACGCGCUAUAUUCACAUGCAUCCUGCAAACAACGGUGCUCCCUGUCCUCCACUAGAGGAAGACAAACCCUGUGUUCCUGAUAACUGUGUGUAAGGAGGACAUCAACCAAAACCAAAACCACGCUGCUCCUCAUCACAGGGCAGAAUCCACUGGAUACUCAAUUUGAGACUUUUUAAGGGGAAGUACAGUAUCUGUAAGGGUCAUGAUGGGAUGUAAGUGGGUUAACAAGCUCAACAUUACUAAUAUGACAUCUUAGACCACAUUGUAGUUAAAGGGGUCAUGAACUGAAAAUUCAAGUUCUUUUGACAGUUCAGAGGUCAUUAUACUAUAAAAACACCCUGUAGGUUUCAAAACUCAACACUUCUUUAUUUAUAACAACAGCUUUUAUUUAAACCAAGGCAAAAUAUUACUCACGUUGAAAAGUGUGUGACUAUGAUGUCACAGUAAUGUGAAAGAUCACCUCUGCGGGAGAAUAUCCACACCUUUUUAAAUAAUUGCAAUAUGCAAUUCCACACAUGCACAAAUGAGGCGAUUUUUUUAGGUAAAAACCUUUCUAACGUUAUCACAGAGAUCAAUACAAAAUAACAAAAUAAGCCAGUACAUGACCCCUUUAAAAGGAAAUUGAAGUAUCCAAAGCAAUACAGACAUUUUCAGUAAUGUCAAUACAUCUGAGAAUUAAAGUGCAUCUCAAUACAGCAAUUUGCUCUCAUAGCAGGAACUUGGGUUGAAUUUGCUGUAACUUUCACAGACUGACCUCAUGUACUUGAUGCUUGAUAGUGUCACACCAGUUACAUUAUCAAGCUAAACAGAUGAGAUAAAUCACCAUUGUAAAUAAAUACUCUUUUGUUGUCCAAGUAUGUUGUAUUAGUGGUUGGUAUCUGUACAUUAAAUGGAAAACUGUAUAUACAAUUGUAAAUAAAAGAUAAUCUGAAA